AUGGAUCGUUGGAAGCAUCGAUUGACUGAAUGUCAUAAUGCAUCUGCUGUCAAUCUAUUACGCAGUUAUCUCGAUUCAAGAAUUGAUUGGAAGAAAAGCGUUGUUGAGAAGCGGUGCAACUCUUGCGGCAGCCGCAGAUCUCCUGAAGCGAAGAUUAGUUGCAGCAGUUGUGAACUUGUGGUUCACUACUACUGCACUCGUCCAAAACUGCAAGAAAAGCCAGUCAGUUGGUUAUGCGCUACAUGUAAACAAAACGAAGCUAAAAAGAUCAAAGAAGAAGCUGCCGGUCUACGUGGUGCAGUGAAACCCAACUAUAAAGAGGAUGAUGGGGUUAGUGGCGAUGAAUCUGACGAAGAGGAGAGCGACGCCUCGGGUAGCGAGGAUGACGAUGACUUCUUUUCGAAAAAGCCACGUCGAACGACUAAGCGAAAAGGCUUCAGUAUAUUUGACGACGAAGUGACAGAAGAUAAGGCAUCAAGAGCAAAACGAGCAAAGGUGAACAAGGUUGCAGAGGAUUGUUUGGAUCUUCUAAGUCGUGUCAAGUCCGCGAAUCGACUAUAUCGCGCUCUGCAAGCUAUCCCACCUGGUCGAGCAACGAGAAGAGCUACACCUUCAUCUAUCACUAGUCUUGAAGAGGGAAUACCUCAGUAUGCGUCGCUGUCAUCUUUCGCCGCUGAUUUGGACUCGUUCUUCAAAUAUGCGCAUUCUUACUUGGAAGAGCAUAAUGAGCGAAAGAUGGAAGAUCUCGAGAAUUUGCUUAGCGAGUUAGAACUUGAUUCUAUAAUUAAAGUAAACUAA